UCACCAAUCCCAUUAACACUUUUCUGUGUGUUCCCUACCAGUAAAUUAUCAUCAUCAAUUUCAUAUCGAUCGCAGGCAUGGCUUCCUCCUUAUAUCAUCACCGUCCCCUUCAAACCCUAGCAUCUUUGCUCAUCAUCAUCAUCAUCUCCCUGACGUCCCACAUCUCCGCCGCGGACGUUCCGUUCGAAUACCACAACGGCGAUCUCCUCUCCGGCAACAUCACCGUCACCCUCGUCUGGUACGGCAUUUUCAAACCCGCCCAGAAGGUGACGGUGAGGGAAUUCCUUGCCUCAUUGGACGCCGAUAUGGCCUCAGAUAAUCCGCCACCUUCUGUUUUCAACUGGUGGAACCUAUUGGACAAGUACUACACGACCCUCAAAUCCAAAAACGGCCUCACCUUGCCCUCCAUCUCCCUUUCUCCCAAAUUGAUCGACGACGACGACUACUCCUUGGGAAAAUCUCUGACCCAGAACCAACUCGUUGAGCUUGCAAAGAAGGGCAACAUCGAGGAGGAUGGAGCAGUACUUCCCGUGGUUAUCACAGCCAACGACGUCGUCGUUGAGGGCUUUUGCAGGGCAAAGUGUGGGAACCACGGCAUUGUCCCCUCGCUGUCGAAGAUUAACGGGAAGAGCUCGUCGUCGAGAUCGGUUUACAUCUGGGUGGGGAACUCGGAGACUCAGUGCCCCGGCUUGUGCGAGUGGCCGUUCCACCAGGCUGCCAAUGGGCCUCCGGGCCCGGUCCUGGUUGCGCCCAAUGGGGAUGCUGCGAUGGAUGGAGUAGUGAUCAACUUGGCGAGCCUGCUGGCCGGGACCGUGACGAAUCCAUUUGGGGAUGGGUAUUUCCAGGGCCCAAAAGAGUCCCCAUUGGAGGCUGGGUCGGCCUGUCCAGGGGUGUUCGGGAAAGGAUCACACCCUGGAUUUGCAGGGGAGCUGCUCAAGGACGAUAAGAGUGGUGGAAGCUACAAUGCCAAUGGGAUAAAAGGGAGAAAGUUCUUGGUGCCUGGUCUGUUUGACCCUUCUACUUCCACAUGCUCCACUGUGGGUUGAGAUCACAAGAUAAAACUUUGGUGUAUAUGCAAACCUACAAACCAAUUUUGAACCCAGCCUAUUGGCCAAUUGUGUUUUUAUUAUUAUUAUUUAUAUUUGUUGAUUUUGAUUAUUUCAUUUAUGUUUGAAAUCCUUCAUGUAGCCUUGUUGGAUUUCAACAGAGUUUAUGUGAAAGCUCAACUUAUGAGCUAACUUCAUAACCAUUCAUUUAAUACUCAAUGAAUAAUUUUUUCAUGU